AUGGGUAGGGCUCCUUGUUGUGACAAAGCAAAUGUCAAGAAGGGACCAUGGUCACCUGAAGAAGAUGCACAGCUUAAAGUGUUCAUCGAGAAAUAUGGGACUUGUGGGAAUUGGAUUGCUCUCCCUCAGAAAGCUGGUCUAAAGAGAUGCGGGAAAAGCUGCAGAUUGCGUUGGCUUAAUUAUUUGAGGCCUAACAUUAAACAUGGUGAAUUUUCUGAUGAAGAAGAUAGAAUAAUCUGCAACCUAUAUGCAAACAUUGGAAGCAGGUGGUCAAUCAUAGCUGCACGGUUACCUGGAAGGACCGAUAACGAUAUCAAGAACUACUGGAAUACCAAGUUGAAGAAGAAGCUCAUUAGCAAAUUUACCCCAAAUUACCAAGGGAAAACAUCACCAUUUUAUCCAACCAUUUCUCACUCGGUACUCCCAAAUCUGUCAUCGUUAUAUAAAGAUCAUUUCAACUCAUUUUACACCCCAACAAAAUCCCUCGCAGGAAUUGAAUCCUCUUCGCUCCCACAAAAUUUUCUGUACUAUAAUACCACUAUUCCUUCAUUUACCAAUCAAUAUUCCUAUUGCCUUCAGAACCAAGAGGGUUUGAUGGAUUCACACUAUUAUUUUCCAGUGAAAGAUCAGAAUAUGCUGAUAUUUAAUGGAAAUGAAGCAAGUUGUUCUUCAUCUGAUGGAAGUUGCAGUCAGAUCAGCUACAGAAAGGAUGUAAAACAAGAAGAAAUGGGCUGUUUUCAAGGUUUCAUGCUUGAUUAUGGAAAUAUCAACGGUGAUGAUCCACUCAAUUCGUUUUCUGAUGAUCAUCAAAAGGGAAAUGGGAUUCUUGGGAACUGUCAAUUACAAUAUGAUCUCGAGGAAGUUAACGAACUAAUUAGUAUUGGACACGGAUGUAGUAACAACAUGUUCUUCUUGAAUUAUGAAAACUGA